CUCACACUCUCGGCAUGAUGUGAUUGUUCCCUUCUCACCUCAAGUAAGCGUAAGAUGUAGACAUCCGAGUGCUGCCCGAUGAGCGUUGGAUGGGCUUUCUCGCAAGCAGGAGUGGAAGGGAAGAGGGGACGGAGCGAAUGAGGGAGCAGAGAAGAUAGAAGGGCGGGGGCAUAAACAAAAACAGAGGGAAACAGUGAAUGUGCCUGCUGAAUAUGUAUGUUUCCUUUUUCUUGUGGAUGAGUGCGUGUGCUGCAGCAGUGCUCUACUUGGCAGCUCCUGAGCCAGUAUGAUGGGUCCCCUCCACUAACAUGCUGUCAUUUUCUUAAGGUUCCUGACGAUGACAUGAACAACAUAGACACUGUCAGGAUCAACACAGAUAGAGCACUCAGUAAUUCUGCAGGCCAGACUUAGCUGCUCUCUUUUGGGAAACUAACAUACAUGCCGGCUCCCUGCGGUCAAGCCCUAUAAACACAUGAGAGGGAAGGAACACAGACAAACCAUGAAAAAGAUAUACAUUGGCAAAACUGCCUUAAAAGUAACCCGAAAUGGUGGCAAACAUCCGAAAAAGAGCUCGUUGCUGGAGCAGAAGGAGGACUUACGGAAAAGGCUUUCCUACACAACACACAAGCUUGAACUGCUGCAGAGUGAGUUUGACUCCACUCGGCAGUACCUGGAGACGGAGCUCCGCCGAGCGCAGGAGGAACUGGACAAGUUCACCGAUAAACUGCGCAGAAUACAAAGCAGCUACUCAGCACUGCAGAGGAUCAACCAAGAUCUGGAGGAGAAGAUCCAUAGCAAUUCGCAGCACCAUGAUGAUGAAAAGCGAGCUCUGAGCAGAGAGAUUAUUGUCCUUAACAACCACCUGAUGGAGGCAAAGCUCACCAUCGAGAAGCUACAAGAGGACAAUGAGCUGUACAGAAAAGACUGUAACCUGGCUGCACAGCUUCUCCACUGCAACAAAUCUCUUUACAGAGCCCAGCUCUCUGAGCUGCCUGCUGAUUUUCAGGAGCGACUGACCAUGCACUUGGAGGACUCUCCACUCUGUCACACCUACUCUGACUCCGUCCCAGCCUCUCUCAUUGCCAAAGUACUUGAGAAGCCAGAUGAGGCCUGCAGCAGCAGCCAGGCCUCCCGCUCCCCCAGCCCGCAAACCCAGGACCAUGCGUUUAUUCUGGAACGCUUGGGCCCUGGAGAGCGUCUGGGCCUCCGUGCAGCAUACAAAUCUGACCUGUACAGUAGUGACACGGCCCUGUACUGCCCUGAUGACCGCCACCGCGAGCGGAGGCCCAGCAUGGAUCUUCAUGGUCAGAGGAAGCUGCUGUAUGGACCCCAGAACUCCACAGACAGCAACCCAGAGGAGGGUUCGGUGGGACUGAGAGCUGGCUUCUCCCAGGAGCACUUUGCUAAGUUUCCUGCCACACUGGGGGCAGGUUCCAGCUCUUACUCCAGCUUCAGUGGAGGGGGGUCUGAGGACAAAGGCAACGGCCCGCCCAGCAGCGCAGCUUCCUCCCCGCACCAUCAUUCCCUCUACAUGGACUGGAGAGAUGCAGGGGACUAUGAGAGAAAGAGUGACUCAUCCUGGGAGAGGGACUCCCCGAGGGGCUUUGCCAAUGCUCAUCCUUUCCAACAGACGGAACUGAGCCACCACCAGAACGGCAGCUCUCCUGUCUACAGCCGUACCAUGUCAUCCUGUUUCAGUGAGCCCUAUGAGCCACUCCCUCCAUCCUCCUCCCCAAGUGUUGCCUACGGAGACAGUCGUCGAGGCAGCACAUUAGCCCCUGAGGAGGAGGAGCUGAUUGGUCGAUGGAGGCAACUUAGUGUCGAGGAUUUAAGUGCCAACACCUACCGCAGCCCAGGUCGUGCCUCACCUUACAGCUUCUCAGAGCAGCACUUCUCUGUCCGUCCUGCUAAGAUCCGACUUGGGCCGCUCUACAGCAGUUUCCAAGAAGGGGCUGAUUACUACCAUCAGGGGGUGGAUGUCAUGGACCCAGUGUGGGUAGCUGCCAGCCCCAGUCCCGAAUGCAGCCCAGGGCUGCGGCAGGCACACAGCCAAGCUCACCUGUACCGAGCUGAGGACAGCCAGGGGUCAGAGCACAGUCUCUACCACUCAGGAAGCUCCAAAGACAGGGAAUGCAAUGUUGCAACUGGAGGCCAGAGCACGGAUUAUGUAGACCCCAGCCCAAAUAGCUCCACUGAAUCUCUCAACCAGAGGUCCCUGGAAAUGGCCGCAGAGCUGCAGCAUUAUCAAGUGGAGAUGCACAGCCUGCCUGCACAGGUGAGCCAGUCACCGCCACCGGCCCCGCCACCUCCUCCUCCAUACAACCAAAAAUUUGGCUCCCUGGGACUUUCCAGGAAGGACAGUUUGACUAAGGCCCAGCUAUAUGGUACACUUCUGAACUGAGGAACUUUGCAACCAUUUUGAAACUUUGAAAGGAUAGUACAUGCAAGGUUACAGUGUGUUCAGCAACACCUUCUGUUUAGCGCCACCAUUUUGAUAGAAGAUGGUUUAAAUAGCAGCCAGGAGCCAAAUAAUUCAGUGACAUGAACAUGUAACUAUUGCCGAUCAUUUUAAAGCAUUGAUUGUUGAAGUAAGUCAUAUGAAGAGUUGGAUGUGGAGGACGUAGGAUCUGAAUUUUGUAAGAAUGUGUAUGUAUUUAAAUGUACAAAUAUAUACUAAUGAAAAAUUGAGUGAUAUAUUUUGUAUGUAACUGUUAGAAAGAAAUACAUCUAAAACAAUCAAAAAGUGCAAAUCUUCUCGAUAUUCUGGAACUUGUAUAUAAUUUAAAAACUCUCAAUGCUAUAUUUGAAAGUCAGAGAAGUAUUUUAAUUGAGACUUGCCCCCAUUAAACUGCACAUAGAUUUCAGUCAUUAUUUUGAAUUGGUUGAAACAGUGUUGGCUUCGUGAUGAUUUACAUAUUGUGAGUGUUGAAACCAAGGGGGGAAAUGACAAACAUACAUUUAUUUUUUCUUCUGUUAACUGAAUUUGACAGUAUCGGUUGGUGUGUUUUAUUGUUAUUGAUGGAACGUUUUGAGAUGUAAACAUCUGUUUUAGCAGUCAGUAUUUCCUUUUGCUCUUCUAUAUCCCUCAGAGAGGUUUUCCUGCCCCCAUUCUACCUCAGAUUUGAAUGCCCACACCCCACAAAGCCACUGUACCCCUGUUUCUUUGACAACGAUGCAUGUUUAUAUAUUUUGGUUGUUUUGUUUGCCUAAUAAAGCACAAAUUAUACAUUUAA